UGUUCGGCCAGAGCGGUCACUCUGCACAGUGGCUUUCUGCAACAGCUGCUUCUCUCUGUAAUGGCUUACCUUGCAGGAAAUCAUGGAAAUCUGACAGAGGAGCAGGUCCACUGCUCCAUCUGUCUGGACGUGUUCACCAACCCUGUCUCCAUCCCCUGUGGACACAACUUCUGCCGCUGCUGCAUCCUAGACUACUGGAAGACCACCGCCCUGUUCCAAUGCCCCAUGUGCAAGAAGACCUUCUUCAAGCGGCCCGACAUUAGCAUCAACACCGUCCUGAGGGAGAUCGCUGAGCAAUUUAAGGACAUCAGGGUGAGCAACGCCGAGCGUCUCCAACGGCAGGAACUGAAAGAGGAACGAGAUUUGCAGAAGAAGAUGGAAGAGCAGAAACAGAAGGAGGAGGAGCAGAAAAAGACGGAGCGGGAAACGAAGAAGAAAGAGCAACAGGAACUGGUUCAAAAGCAGCAGAAGCUUCUCCAGGAGCUGAGACUGAAGCAGGAGAUGCAAAAGCUACAGCUGCCACAGCUGCAACGAACGAUGAGCCAGGAACCAGAGAAACCAAUAGAAGAGAAGCCAGAGGGAGAGCCAGAGGAACCUCCAGCCGAUGCUCCUCCUUCCCCACCCCACAGCCUAUGGGGCGAGGUGUCUUGUGAUGUCUGCAUGGGCGACCGGAUGAAGGCCGUCAAGUCCUGCCUGGUGUGUCUGACCUCAUACUGCGAGGAACACAUCAAGAACCACAACACACGCUUCACCAAACACAAGCUGAUCGAACCCGUGACUAACCUGGAAGAGAGGAUGUGUCCCAAGCACGAGAGGCUUCUGGAGCUGUUCUGUAAGAAAGACCAUAUCUGUGUGUGUGUGCUGUGUACGGAGACGGACCACAGAGCUCACUUUACUGUACCUGUAGAGAGGGAGUGGACUGAUAAGAAGGCUCAGCUGAAGAAGACAGAGAUAGAUGUACAGCAGAUGAUCCAGGAAAGACUGAAGAAGGUGGAGGAGAUCAAGCACUCAGCGGAGCUGAAUAAGUCCAGUGCCCAGAGGGAGAUCGAGGACAGCAUGCAGGUGUUCCAGGAGCUGAUUCGGUCCAUCCAGAGGACCCAGGCUGAGCUGGUGCUGGCUAUAGAGGAAAAGCAGAGAGAGACAGAGAGGUGGUCCCAGGGCCUGAUAGGGGAGCUGGAACAGGAGAUCAAUAAACUACAGAGGAGGAAUACAGACCUGGAGCACCUCUCACGCACAGAGGACCACAUCCACUUCCUACAGAGUUUCCCAGCCCUGUGUACCCCUCCAGCCACUAAGGACUGGUCUGGGACCAGUGUACACACUGAGGUGUGUGUUGGGAUCAUCAGGAGAGCUGUGUCCAAAUUGGAAGAGACGCUGAGUGAGGAAAUUGACAAACUGGUGGACUCUGAGCUGAAGAAGAUUCUUAAGUACACAGUGGACCUGACCCUCGACCCAGACUCAGCCAACCCGUGGCUCCAGCUCUCGGAAGACCGCCGUCAAGUUAGGCACCUGGGAACUUGGCAGGACCUCCCGGACAUCCCAGAGCGUUUUGACACUGUGGUCAUUGUCCUGGGUCGCGAGGGCUUCACGGCGGGACGCCACUACUGGGAGGUCCAGGUGGGGGACAAGGAUGACUGGUACCUAGGUGUGGCCAAGGCAUCAGUCAACAGGAAGGGGCGUAUCGCCGUCAGCUCCUCCCAGGGCUACUGGGCGCUGGCCAUGAAGAAAGACCAGGGAUAUAGGGCCUCCACGACCCCGCCGUUACCUCUAACCCUUGACCCCAAGCCGAAGAGGGUUGGGGUGUAUGUGGAUUGCGAAGAGGGCCAGGUUUCGUUUUACGACGUGAAGGAGAGGAGUCAUAUCUAUACAUUCAUGGAGGACAGCUUUAAGGAUAAGUUGUUUCCGUUCUUUUAUCUGUACUGUUGUGAUAAACAGUCGGAUGCCAUGGUGAUCUGUCCGAUCAAUGAAAAGAGUCUGAUCAAGCAAUGCUGAGAAAUACUCUGACAACAACUCUGAAAGACUACAAUUCUGUCUGCAGAAAAUACUGUGACAUAUGAUCUUGGUAGGGAAACUGUAAAACAAUUAUACAUUGACACUUAGUGGUGGCUUAAAGUACCUUGGGGGUGAGUGCCCGACGUCAAUAUUCUUGACCGUAUUGAUAUUUGUUAUGGUGAUAACAAGCGGAUUUAUUUUGUUGUCCAGCCCCCCUAGUCCCCUGGUCAGUUGAACCCUGUUGAGAAAGAUUGCAACUCUGGCAACAACUCUGAAAGACUACAAUUCUGUAUGCAGAAAAUAGGGGAGAGUGGUGUAUGUUUAACCAUUGUUUACAUUCAGCAUUACUACGCCAAGGGAAAUAUAGUAUUCUUUCUAACAAAGAUGUCUACAUAUAUUUCACAAUGUGGUUUAUCCCUGAAAAUAAUUAGAAUUAAUGUAAACAUAACGGUUUUGAAAACAUAGCCUUUCCAAAUAAAAAAAGUGGUUUACUCAACUUACCCUGGGUAUGGGGUAAGUUGAGCAUAGGGACAGGGUAAGUCGAGCAUAGGGACAGGGUAAGUCGAGCAUAGGGACAGGGUAAGUUGAGCAUAGGGACAGGGUAAGUCGAGCAUAGGGACAGGGUAAGUCGAGCAUAGGGACAGGGUAAGUCGAGCAUAGGGACAGGGUAAGUCGAGCAUAGGGACAGGGUAAGUCGAGCAUAGGGACAGGGUAAGUCGAGCAUAGGGACAGGGUAAGUCGAGCAUAGGGACAGGGUAAGUUGAGCAUAGGGACAGGGUAAGUUGAGCAUAGGGACAGGGUAAGUCGAGCAUAGGGACAGGGUAAGUUGAGCAUAGGGACAGGGUAAGUCGAGCAUAGGGACAGGGUAAGUUGAGCAUAGGGACAGGGUAAGUUGAGCAUAGGGACAGGGUAAGUCAAGCAUAGGGACAGGGUAAGUUGAGCAUAGGGACAGGGUAAGUUGAGCAUAGGGACAGGGUAAGUCGAGCAGCCUUGGGGUAAGUGGGUGUUGGUGUCCUGUGACAGUGGUUGAUGGUGCUGUUAGGUCAAAGUUUAAUUCAUGGAAUGGGUAUACUGUAUAUGUUAAAUAUAUGUCUACAUUCAGAUAUAGAACACUCUGUUCAAUAUCCCAUACCCUUCUAUUUCUUGACCAGUUGUCUGGGACAGGGAUGUAGUUUUGAUGUGCCAAUUUGUCGGCUAGUUCUCUGCAUUUGAGGCUACAAAGCCCAUGAAACUGGUCCAAAAGAUUAUUGAUAAGUUUAGCAAAGCUCAAACUCUAUGUCAUCAGAUAAGACCAUACAGAAUGUGCAUCUGCUACUCCUAUCAUAGCCUCUCUUUCACACAGCUACAUGUUCAUUUUGUUUUUCGGUCAUUGUCUAUUUUUUCAUCCCUUGCUGCUGCUUGAGAUGGACUUCUUCCCUUCUCUCACUUCCUUGGCUGCUCGCUCAAGAACCUCUUUGUGGCUGGAACCCUGCUUGUUUUACGUUUGUGUACACGGGACAUGAUGUCUGCUCUGUAACAAUAGAAAUGCACUCUUGAGUUCAUAUUUUCAGACACAUUGCAAAAAUACUAUGCAUGCUAUGCAUUAAACUGACAAAAUGUAAUCAUUUGUAUGGGGUAUGGUGACCAUUGGCUCCACUAACCCCAAGGCAAACAAGAAUGCACAUUUGUGAAAGGUUUAGGACCUCAUAUUCAUCAGAUCCCAACUGAUGUGUAAAACAAUCAUAAAACUAUCUACUUUGCUUUAGAUACAAGCGUCAUGAAACUUAUAAACAAAAAAUGCAUUUGCUUUGUGAAAAGCCGUUAUUUGGACCCAACUUGCUUGCCACUUUUUUCAUGUGGUUUCUUCCUUCACAGACUCCAUGAAAUGAUGACCUCUUCCUAAAUAUUUGGUCACUGGAUUAAUUUGAUGCCUGCUUUCCUAGAAACAAGGGGUGGCUCAACAAACCUUUUUACUCAACUUUCCCCACUCUCCCCUACCUCAAAGCUGCAAUAUGUAACCUUUUGAAAUUGGAAUUUCAAAUUCACAUAGAAAUGUGAGUUAUAGAUCUGUCUCUCAUUGAAAGAAAGUCUAAAAAGCAGUAGAUCUGUUCUGCGUGUGCCUUUUCUAUGCUUCCCAUUCUUACGUUUAGUUUUUGCAUCUUUUACUUUCGGUUUUGCAGACCAGCUUCAAACAGCUGAAAAUGCAAUAUUUUCAGUUAUUAUAUGGUACAAUGAUUCACUACACUAUACAUUAAUUGUUUUGUUACAUAAACUGAAAUCAGGUGAACUAUUCGAAAUUCUAGCAUAUUGCACCUUUAACAUAUAAUCCUAAUAGACUGGUAGGUAGGAUGAUAGUGUUGUUUUUUGUUUGUGUUUUUUUUUAAUGGCAUAUAUCCUGUUGAUUAAAGUCUAGAUUAAACAUCAAAAUGAAUAUGAAUAUAACAGACAUGGGUUUAAAAUACUUGAAAAUAAUUUCAAAUUCUUUAUCUGUGCCUAUUUCAGCUUGCCUGACUUAAAAAACCAAUAGAUAAGUCUCAAAACUGCAAAUCCUGUCCAUCUGGCACCCCUGGCAGAUUCAAGCAAACGCUCAAAGUAUUUGAACCCAGGUCUAAAAUGUAACAUGCCUUAAUUAAUUGUAUCUAUGUUGAGGACAGUAUUGUUUACUGACUUGCACUUUAGCAUUGCAUGCCUAUUCACAUAUUCAAUGUACACUGUAAAAAUAGGACAAGGAUUUUCAACA